AUGAAGUAUCUCCUGAUAUCCACACUUUUGGCCUCACUUGUCUCCUUCACAGGGGCACAAUGGCCUUACCCAUAUGGGCCGAUCAAUCAAGACCUAUUGGCCAAGUCGGGACGAGACCGUCCGAAUAUAGUCUUCAUUUUGACGGAUGACCAAGAUAUUCACAUGCAAUCACUUGACUACAUGCCAUUUGUCAAGAAGCAUCUACUUGAUCGUGGCACUUUCUUCAAGAAACACUUCUGUACUACUGCUCUUUGCUGCCCUUCGAGAGUUUCAUUGUGGACUGGUAGAGCAGCACAUAAUCACAAUGUUACUGAUGUACAAACACCGCAUGGAGGCUACCCGAAAUUCAUCAGUCAGGGCUUGAACGACAAAUAUCUUCCUGUCUGGCUACAAGCUGCGGGAUACAACACUUACUAUACCGGUAAACUGUUCAAUGCCCACUCAGUUCAAACAUAUAAUUCGCCAUUCGUUGCAGGAUGGACAGCCUCUGACUUCUUGCUUGACCCCUUUACGUACUGGUACAUGAACAGCACGUAUCAAAGGAAUCAAGACCCACCAGUUAGCUAUGAGGGUCAGCACACAGUUGACGUUCUAGCCAAAAAGGCACUUGAUUUCCUCGACGAAGCACAUAGCGCCGGGAAGCCGUUUUUCCUUGGUAUCGCGCCCGUGGCACCACACUCAGAUAUCCAGUCUCCUCACUUCCCAGAAGGCGACGACGACGAUAUUUCCGAGGUUUACUUCGGGCCCCCGGUUCCAGCAGAGCGGUUCGCUCACCUUUUCCCAGACGUGAAGGUGCCUAGGACAGCAAACUUCAACCCGGAUAAACCAUCAGGAGGGAAUUGGGUUCGAGCGUUACCCAAACAGAGUCCUGAGAACGUCGAAUACAACGAUCACUUCUACAGACAACGUCUAAGAGCGCUUCAAAGCAUAGACGAGAUCGUGGACAACGUCUUCAGUCGUUUGGAAGACUUCGGCAUUCUAGAGAACACCUAUAUAGUCUACUCGACUGAUAACGGCUACCACAUCGGGCAACAUCGUUUGAACCCGUCUAAACAGUGCAGUUUCGAGGAAGACAUCAACAUCCCGCUCAUUAUCAGGGGACCAGGAGUGCCGCAGAACUUUGAGACGGACAUUGUAACAACCCAUACAGACCUAGCUCCCACUCUACUGCAGCUCGCGGGUAUUCCCCUGCGUGAUGAUUUUGAUGGCCUAGCAAUACCACUGAGCAAACCCGGUAUUGAUCAAGCCAAAGCGGAACGCCACGAGCACGUCACUGUCGAACAUUGGGGUUUCGCGGCAAACGAGGCCCAGUUAUUCGACUGGUAUCCCCGUAUUCGCUUGAACAAUACCUACAAGGCGCUGCGUGUAAUCGGCGACUCGUAUAACCUGCAUUACCACGUGUGGUGCACCAACGAGCAUGAACUCCACGAUCUCACUACCGAUCCGGGGCAGAUGAACAACCUGUUACAUCCGGAUGCGGGAUCUGGAAUCACAUUACUUGGCCUGCCAUUGGAGAAGGUCCGCCAGAGGCUUGAUGCCCUUCUUUUCGUACUGAAGUCUUGUCGCGCAGAGAGUUGCAUUCAUCCUUGGCGAGAGCUUCAUCCCGCUGGUAACGUGGAGACCCUAAAGGAUGCGCUUUCGUCGCGGUUCGACGAAUUCUAUGCGACCGAGACCGAGAAUAUCAAGUUUGAUAGAUGCGAGAUGGGAUACUUAGUUGAUGCCGAGGGACCGCAGUUUAAGCAAACGUCCCCUAAGGUAGGUGUGCGAGAAGACUGGCACAUUUGGACGUAG